UCAGCGUUUAGAAGAGGUAUGGCUACGGAAACCAAGGCCGAUGUAGCAAAACGUAAGAAACGCACUGUGUCGGAACGUGAGAAAAAGAAAUUUGCUGCCAAAGUCGAAACAAAAGAAGAAAAUGGAGCUACACGAGAAAUUAAAACCGUUCAGAAGAAGAAACCGGAUGAAUAUGACUAUGAUUCAUCAGAUGAAGAGGAUCUUCGAAAUACCAUUGGUAACAUCCCAGUCGAGUGGUAUGAUGACGAGACACAUAUCGGGUAUGACCAAAUGGGUGAAAAGAUAAUAAAGCCUAAGAAAAAGACCGAAAUAGACACGUUUUUGGAGAAGAUGGAAGAUCCAGACUACUGGAGGAAAGUGUUCGAUCGCCAAUCGGGGGCCGAUGUUGUGCUUACAGAUGAGCAGGUCGAUAAGCUAACCAAUAUCGCUGCGGGGAAAUAUCCCGUCGUUGGGUAUAAUCCGUAUGAACCCUUUCUAGACUUAUUCUCAUCAGAGAAAAGCAUACAUCCUAUAGACAAUAGACCUGAACCGAAAUCGCGAUUCAUACCAUCAAGAGACGAAAUGAGAAUAGUCAGUCGUAUGGUGCAUGCUAUCAAAAUGGGGUGGGCUAAGAAACCCAAGCCGAAGGAGGAGAAGAAGAUAUAUGAUUUGUGGGCUGCAGAAGAUUCCAUGGAUCAUAAAACGAAAUCUGAUUUGGCUCGAAUGCGAAUGCAUAUGCCUGCACCUAAGAUGCCUCUACCCGUUCACGCUGAGUCCUAUAACCCACCUGAAGAGUAUCUAUUUGAUGAUGAAGAAAAGAAAAAAUGGGAAGAAGCCGAACCAGAGGACCGACGGCUGCAGUUUGUUCCGCAGAAGUACGAUGCGUUACGGAAGGUGCCUCAGUAUGAUAAAUUCCUCACGGAACGAUUCGAACGUUGUCUUGAUCUCUAUCUGGCCCCUAGGAAGAUCAAAAUGAAACUUCAAGUUGACCCUUCAGAGCUUUUGCCUGAUCUGCCAAAUCCAAAUGAUCUCAGACCAUUCCCCACAACCUUGGCUUUCUAUAUGCGUGGUCAUGUUGGUCAAGUCCGUUCUGUAAGCGUGGAACCAGAACGCGGUGAAUUGCUUGUUUCUGGAGGAGAAGAUGGAACAGUGCGAUUCUGGAUGUUGGGUUCAGGCCGUUGUAUAAAGACAUAUAAAGUUGGUGGCCCAGUCACCUCUGUAGCAUUUUGUCCUGUUGCUAACAAGUCCUUGAUUGCUGUUGCGUACGAGGGCAGACAGAUUGCCAUCUUCAACACACAGUGUGGUGAUAAGUUAAUAUGCUCACAAACCGAUGAUUUUGUACGCGAGGUUCCCAUAGAGGAAAGCGAAGGCAAGGUCAAUUGGCGGCGAAUCAAGGACCGAAUAGUGUUGGAAAUGCCCAACGAAGUUCGGCAGGUUGUCUGGCACAACAAAGGCGAUUAUUUGGCAACGAUCGCUGUCGACGACAUUGCCGCGUCUGUAUAUAUUCACCAAUUAAGCAGAGCUAGAUCGCAGUGUCCAUUCACGAAACGAAAAGGCCAUGUCCAAGUUGUCGCUUUCCAUCCGACUCUUCCACGGUUUUUUGUGGCCACCAAGAUACAUGUCAGGGUUUACGAUUUGGGGCGAUGUCAGCUUGUCAAGAAGUGCAUCACAGGCAUCAAACAUAUUGGUGCCAUGAUUCCUGACGUGCAAGGAGAGAAUCUCUUCGUUGGAGGAUUGGACCGCAAAUUUGUUUGGUUAGACUUGCAAUUAUCAAACAAGCCCUGGAAAAGUUUCAAGCACCAUAAUUCUGCGAUUAGAGGAGUAGCUUAUCACAACAGAUACCCUCUACUAGCAACAGUAUCGGAUGAUGGCACUGCAAUGGUUUAUUACGCUAGAAUUCAUGUUGACUCGUUCAAAGAUAAUGAAAUCUACCCAGUUAAGAGGUUGAGAGGGCACACAACGAUGGACGGGUUGAGCAUGCUGGACACUGUAUGGCAUCCAACCCAACCAUGGUUGAUAACUGCCGGUGCCGACGGAACUAUAGCAUUGUUCAGUUACUGA